CUGUGGGCAACAAUGUCCAAGGGCUCCAAAAAGAAGCCCGGGCCCGCUCCUAAGUCUGAGCAGCGCGCCAAAGCAGAGCCUGUGCCGGGCGACGAGGCCACCUCCAAGGCGGAGCAGCAGUCUGCAGCCGAGCUCGAGGCGUGCUUCAUGAAGGCGCUCGAGAAGCGGAUGGGCGGGCUGGAGAUGACCGAGGACAACGUGCGCAAGGUGCUGCUCGCAAUGUCGCCGGAGGAGCAGCGCGCGCUCGCCGAGGAGGGCGAGGCGCUCAAGCGCGAGCUCCUCCAGAACGAGGAGCACGCGGACGAGGCGAAGAAAUUCCGCGCCGAGGUCAACAAGAAUGCCGAGGCGCGCGGGCUGCCGACCGAGGCGGACGGCGAGCACCUGACCAAGGGCGUGCUCGCCUUCCUCAACGCCGAGGGCGACGAGGCGUCCGGCCCCGUCCCCACCCUCCGCCUCCUGAUCAUGCUCGCCUCCUCGCCGUACCUCGCCAAGCUGGCGCUCGCCGACGCGGCGGCAGGCGGGCAGACAGGCGAGGCUCCGCCGGGCAGGGCGCGCGAGGCGCGCGCCGAGCCGGCGGACAUCGACGCGCUCGAGCAGGCCCUCGCCGGCCUGGAGGUCGACGGCUUCGCUCCCGAUCAGCGGGCAGGCCGGCCACCGUUUGUGCGCAGGAACCUGACGCUGCUGUGCGGGCACCUGCACCGGGAGCGGCUGCCCGAGUCGCUCGUUCUCCGCGACUCGACCAAGCGGGCGCAGGGUGCGGCGGCGGGCCGCGCCUCCAAGCUCUCCGAGAUGCUCUUCCGCUACGCGCUGCAGAACCGGUGGGUCAAGCCGGCGCUCGCCGCGACAGAGGUGCAGGCGCUCCUCACGAACGGGCUGUGGGACGGCUCGGAGGCCGCCAAGCGCCGCAUGGCCGAGCGUAUGGCGGAGGCGGGGCUCAAGCUGCCGCGCCUCAAGAC